UCUGACUUUCAUAAUGCUCAUACUCUCCCGUACAUACCCAACUACUCCAUUCAUUUCAUUCAUAAAUUUUUUUUUCGGUUACUCAAAAGAGAAUCAAUGGAAAAUUAUUAAUUUCCGUUUUCGUUCAUUUUUAAUUUCAAUAGGCGAAAAUCAUGCUAUGAAGCAAUCAGAUGGUGAUUUAUCGGACUGUGAUAGUGAACCGGGAAUUCCAUUGAAGCGUAAGCAGAGACGAUCGAGAACGACAUUUACAGCAAUGCAGCUUGAUGAACUUGAACGAGCUUUUGAACGAACACAAUACCCUGACAUUUACACACGUGAGGAACUUGCACAACGGACGAAAUUAACGGAAGCUCGAAUUCAAGUAUGGUUUAGCAAUCGUCGUGCUCGUCUACGUAAACAAGUUGUUAUUCCGUCAUCGUCAAGCUACUCAUCUAUGGGAUCUAAUCCAUUAGCUUAUUCUACAUCAUCAUCAGUUCCUGGAUAUUCCAUUUUACAACCAUUGGCUGAAGCAUCACAAUUUAGUACAGCAUCUUCUCAAAUGCACGACUUUUACUCAUCGCAUGUUCAUCAAAUGGCAAAUCAAGCUCGCCAGUCACCUCCAGAGCAAUCUAAUAAUACUACAUCCCCAAAUGCUCUUCAAAAUUCAAGCGCCUAUUAUCAUCAUUAUCAUUCGUCUCCAGCAGCUACAAUAAGUCAAAAUUCAGGUACUGGCUAUUCAUCGCCACAAAAUGUCAAUCAAAGUGGAUCAACCUUGAAUGGAAAUGAAAGUCCAAAUUCUGUUGACCAAUUUACACCCAAUAAUAAUAAUAACAACAUCCAGUUGCCUGAUACACCAAAUAGUUUAGUGACAACCAUGAUGGGACCAACAUCUGGAAAUAGCAACAGUAAUGAAGGCACAAAUGGAAUUAACGAAUCCCCAACAGAGAAUGCAACAAUAAUUGCAAAUAAUAAUAAUAAUUACAGUCCAUGGUGUUCUUCAACUGGACAUCAUCAGCUUCCAUUAUCCAAUUCACCAAUACAUUCCAGUUCCUAUAAUCAUCACUCAGCUUCUUUAUAUGGUGCUCAUCAUAAUUUAUCGUCAUCUUUAUUGCCACAUCAAAAUAUCUCAGGUUUUGCACAUCCACAUUCUGGAAAGAGCUUCGGGAUGUCCCAGCCAUUCUAUUCGUGGUAUUAAAGGAAGGAGGUUUUAACUAGUUAAUGGAUUCGUCGUCAUGUGGAUUCUGAUACAUUUCAUAUUAGACAUAAUAUAUUUUAAUUAUUAAGGAUAAGCUAAUUCAUAUAAUUUUAAGCAUACCUGUAAAAAUAAUUUUCAUAAUUUUCUAGCUUUAGACUUUAAUUAUAGACAGUGAAGGUUCCAAAAAAAAUUAUUUUAAAUGCACAAACAAAAGCUGUAAAUAACUAGAUCACAAAUAUAAAUUUACUGUGCACUGCAUUAAGCAUGAUAAUCUAUGAUUAAUAAAGGAAUAUUAAAAAUAUAUGAUGUCUUUAGCGCCGGGAUUUCCAAAAUGGACAAAAAAGUUUGCCAAAGCACGAGGUUGUCUUUUUGGUACGGAUCAUUUUUGUUGUUGAUGUUGCUUGAUUGAUUAAGAUUGGUUGGAGAGAACUUGAUUUGUUCUUCCUUAACAUGAACUUGUGAUACUGGGAAGAGGAAGUGGCAACAAUUUGUUGAAUUUGGCUAUGUUUGUAUGACACUAUAUCAUUUACAUGAGCAUUCAGUUCCGAUAUCUUUUUGUCAGCAUCAAAAUCUGCUGAUAUCUUCUCACUAUUCCUUUCCUCUUCUUGAUUUUCUGCGAAAACAGAUGCCAUGACUGAUUCCUUUGAGGGAUUGAAGGUGUCAGACUUCCAAGCCUGUAAAUCAUUAGCUGUUAUAUUUCUUCUGUUUGAGCUUCUUGGUCGAUUCAUGCCAAGCCUCUUAUUAUCUUCAAUAAUUUGUUGAAUUUCAGCAUCUCGUUCUGUUCUUAAUCGUCUUGUACUUGUUUGUGAAUUACUGCUUUCUUCGGUUACUUCCUCAAUUGGAUACAACUUAAAUCUUGAUCGAUUACUGCUUGAAUCGCUCGAUAUCAAAUGCAAAUCCAAUUUCAUCUCAUCCUUAACUUUCAUUCUAUUGAGAUUUCGAAGUUCUCUUUUGCGAAUUGGGAAUCCAUCACCGACAGCACACAUCCGGUUUUGAGUCUUCAUCUUUAUAAAAUAUAAAUCGUUUUUUUCACUCUUGAAAUAAUUUUCUUGACAUAUGC